AUGGCACAGCUAUUUCUACUUAUUGUGGCUCUAGUGGUCUUGGGUCAUUUGCCCCCAGGGAGAACUGAAUUCAAACGGUGCUGGAAGGGCCAAGGGGCCUGCCGGGCUUACUGCACGCGGCAGGAAUCCUUCAUGCACCUGUGCCCGGACGCGUCUCUCUGCUGCCUUGCCUACGCACUCAAGCCUCUGCGGCUGCCCAAGCCUGAUUAUGAGUAG